AGAGCGCUUGGCGCCAUUUUGAAGCGGAGAGGAGGAGGAACGGCCGGGCUGGCUGCGGAAGGGGAGGGGGGGAGGAGGCGAUUGGAUGCGGCGGCGGCGGCGGCGGAUCCCGGAGAGCGGCGGAGUGAGAGGAGUAGCGAGGCGGACACCCGAAGGGGUAAAAAUACUUCCAUCAUGGCUCAUUCAAAGACAAGGACCAAUGAUGGAAAAAUUACCUAUCCUCCUGGUGUCAAGGAAAUCUCAGAUAAAAUAUCUAAAGAAGAGAUGGUGAGACGGUUAAAGAUGGUUGUGAAAACUUUCAUGGAUAUGGACCAGGACUCUGAAGAAGAAAAGGAGCUUUACUUAAAUCUAGCUUUACAUCUUGCUUCAGAUUUUUUCCUCAAGCAUCCUGAUAAAGAUGUUCGCUUACUGGUAGCCUGCUGCCUUGCUGAUAUUUUCAGGAUUUAUGCUCCUGAAGCUCCUUAUACAUCCCCUGAUAAAUUAAAGGAUAUAUUUAUGUUUAUAACAAGGCAGUUGAAGGGACUAGAAGAUACAAAGAGCCCACAAUUCAAUAGGUAUUUUUAUUUACUUGAGAACAUUGCUUGGGUCAAGUCAUAUAACAUAUGUUUUGAGUUGGAAGACAGCAAUGAAAUUUUUACCCAGUUAUACAGAACAUUAUUUUCAGUUAUAAACAAUGGCCACAAUCAGAAAGUUCAUAUGCAUAUGGUGGAUCUCAUGAGUUCUAUUAUUUGUGAAGGUGAUACAGUAUCUCAAGAGCUUUUGGAUACAGUUUUGGUAAAUCUGGUACCUGCUCAUAAGAAUUUAAACAAGCAAGCAUAUGAUUUGGCAAAGGCUUUACUGAAGAGGACAGCUCAAGCUAUUGAACCAUAUAUUACGAAUUUUUUUAAUCAGGUUCUGAUGCUUGGGAAAACAUCUAUCAGCGAUUUAUCAGAGCAUGUCUUUGACUUAAUUUUGGAGCUCUAUAAUAUUGAUAGUCAUUUGCUGCUCUCAGUUUUACCCCAGCUUGAAUUUAAAUUGAAGAGCAAUGAUAAUGAGGAACGUCUUCAAGUUGUUAAACUACUGGCAAAAAUGUUUGGGGCAAAGGAUUCAGAAUUGGCGUCUCAAAACAAACCACUUUGGCAGUGUUACUUGGGCAGGUUUAAUGAUAUCCAUGUACCAAUCCGCCUGGAAUGUGUGAAAUUUGCUAGCCAUUGUCUCAUGAACCAUCCUGAUUUAGCAAAGGACUUAACAGAGUAUCUUAAAGUGAGGUCACAUGACCCUGAGGAAGCUAUUAGGCAUGAUGUUAUUGUGUCUAUAGUUACAGCUGCUAAAAAAGAUAUUCUUCUGGUCAAUGAUCACUUACUUAAUUUUGUGAGAGAGAGAACAUUAGAUAAACGGUGGAGAGUACGCAAAGAAGCCAUGAUGGGACUUGCCCAGAUUUAUAAGAAAUAUGCUUUACAAUCAGCAGCUGGGAAAGAUGCUGCAAAACAGAUUUCAUGGAUCAAAGACAAAUUGCUCCAUAUAUAUUAUCAAAAUAGUAUUGAUGAUAGAUUGCUUGUUGAACGGAUCUUUGCUCAAUACAUGGUCCCCCACAAUUUGGAAACAACAGAACGCAUGAAAUGCUUGUAUUAUUUGUAUGCCACACUGGAUUUAAAUGCAGUGAAAGCAUUGAAUGAAAUGUGGAAGUGUCAAAAUCUGCUCCGACAUCAAGUAAAGGAUUUGCUCGACUUAAUUAAGCAACCCAAAACAGAUGCCAGUGUCAAGGCCAUAUUUUCAAAAGUGAUGGUUAUUACAAGAAAUUUGCCAGAUCCUGGUAAGGCUCAGGAUUUCAUGAAGAAAUUCACACAAGUGUUAGAAGAUGAUGAGAAAAUAAGAAAACAGUUAGAAGUGCUUGUCAGUCCAACAUGCUCCUGCAAACAGGCUGAAGGUUGUGUGCGUGAAAUAACUAAGAAGUUGGGCAACCCCAAACAGCCUACAAAUCCUUUUCUGGAAAUGAUCAAAUUUCUCUUGGAGAGGAUAGCACCUGUGCACAUAGAUACUGAGUCUAUCAGUGCUCUUAUAAAGCAAGUGAACAAAUCAAUAGAUGGAACAGCAGAUGAUGAAGAUGAGGGUGUUCCAACUGAUCAAGCCAUCAGGGCAGGUCUUGAACUGCUUAAGGUACUCUCAUUUACACAUCCUAUUUCAUUUCAUUCUGCUGAAACAUUUGAGUCUCUCCUGGCUUGUCUGAAAAUGGAUGAUGAAAAAGUAGCAGAAGCUGCACUCCAAAUUUUCAAAAACACAGGAGGCAAAAUUGAAGAGGAUUUCCCACACAUCAGAUCAGCUUUGCUUCCUGUUUUACAUCACAAAUCUAAAAAAGGACCCCCCCGUCAAGCCAAAUACGCUAUUCAUUGUAUCCAUGCAAUAUUUUCUAGUAAAGAAACCCAGUUUGCACAGAUAUUUGAGCCUCUGCAUAAGAGCCUAGAUCCGAGCAACCUGGAGCAUCUCAUCACACCACUGGUGACUAUUGGUCACAUUGCUCUCCUUGCACCAGAUCAGUUUGCUGCUCCUUUGAAGUCUUUGGUAGCUACUUUCAUUGUGAAGGAUCUUCUGAUGAAUGAUCGGCUUCCAGGAAAAAAGACAACUAAGCUUUGGGUUCCAGAUGAAGAGGUUUCACCUGAAACAAUGGUCAAAAUUCAGGCUAUUAAAAUGAUGGUUCGAUGGCUACUUGGAAUGAAAAAUAAUCACAGUAAAUCAGGAACUUCUACUUUAAGAUUGCUCACAACAAUAUUGCACAGUGAUGGAGACUUGACAGAACAAGGGAAAAUUAGUAAACCAGAUAUGUCACGCCUGAGACUCGCUGCUGGGAGUGCAAUUGUGAAGCUGGCCCAGGAGCCCUGUUACCAUGAGAUUAUCACGUUAGAACAGUAUCAGCUGUGUGCUUUAGCUAUCAAUGAUGAAUGCUAUCAAGUAAGACAAGUGUUUGCUCAGAAACUUCACAAAGGCCUUUCUCGAUUACGGCUUCCACUUGAGUAUAUGGCAAUUUGUGCACUUUGUGCAAAAGACCCUGUAAAAGAAAGAAGAGCUCAUGCCAGGCAGUGUCUGGUAAAAAAUAUCAAUGUGAGACGCGAGUAUCUGAAACAGCAUGCAGCUGUUAGCGAAAAAUUAUUGUCUCUUCUACCUGAGUAUGUUGUUCCAUAUACAAUACACCUUUUGGCUCAUGACCCAGAUUAUGUCAAAGUACAGGAUAUUGAACAACUUAAAGACGUUAAAGAGUGUCUUUGGUUUGUUCUGGAAAUACUAAUGGCUAAAAAUGAAAAUAAUAGUCAUGCGUUUAUCAGAAAGAUGGUAGAAAAUAUUAAACAAACAAAAGAUGCUCAAGGACCAGAUGAUGCAAAAAUGAAUGAAAAACUGUAUACUGUAUGUGAUGUUGCCAUGAAUAUCAUCAUGUCAAAAAGCACCACAUAUAGUUUGGAAUCUCCUAAAGACCCAGUACUGCCAGCUCGUUUUUUCACCCAGCCUGACAAGAACUUCAGUAACACCAAAAAUUAUCUGCCUCCAGAAAUGAAGUCAUUUUUCACUCCUGGAAAACCCAAAACAACCAAUGUUCUAGGAGCUGUUAAUAAGCCGCUUUCAUCAGCAGGCAAACAGUCUCAGACAAAAUCAUCACGAAUGGAAACUGUAAGCAAUGCAAGCAGCAGCUCAAAUCCAAGCUCUCCUGGAAGAAUAAAAGGGAGGCUUGAUAGUUCUGAAAUGGAUCAUAGUGAAAAUGAAGAUUACACAAUGUCUUCACCUUUGCCGGGAAAAAAAAGUGACAAGAGAGACGACUCUGAUCUUGUAAGGUCUGAAUUGGACAAACCUAGAAACCGGAAAAAGACACCUGUAACAGAUUCGGAAGAGAAAUUAGGCAUGGAUGACCUUUCCAAGUUGGUACAAGAACAGAAACCUAAAGGCAGUCAGCGUGGACGAAAGAGAGGCCACACGGCUUCAGAGUCAGACGAACAGCAGUGGCCUGAGGAAAAGAGGCUCAAAGAAGAUAUACUGGAAAAUGAGGAUGAACAGAACAGUCCGCCAAAAAAAGGUAAACGAGGCCGACCACCAAAACCUCUUGGUGGGGGUACGCCCAAAGAAGAGCCAACGAUGAAAACAUCCAAAAAAGGAAGCAAAAAAAAAUCUGGACCUUCAACAGCAGAAGACGAUGACGAAGAAGAAAGACAAAGUGGAAACACAGAGCAGAAGUCAAAAAGUAAACAGCACCGGACUUCAAGGAGAGCACAGCAGAGCAGAGCAGAGUCUCCUGAAACUAGUGCAGUUGAAUCCACACAGUCCAUACCACAGAAAGGACGAGGAAGACCAUCAAAAACGCCAUCACCAUCACAACCCCCCAAAAAUGUCCGUGUAGGACGCUCUAAACAAGCAGCUACUAAAGAAAAUGACUCAAGUGAAGAAAUAGAUGUGUUUCAGGGUAGCUCUCCUGUCAAUGAUGAAAAUCCACAGGAAGAAACAGAGGAAGAGGAAGUCUCUACAGUAAAUGUGCGGCGGCGAGGUUCUAAAAGAGAAAGGCGAUGAACAGAUGCCGUUAAUAACUUUCUGUGUGAGAGCUUUGGAAAAAAAGUGGUUGUCAAGCUUCAGGCUGAGGAAAGCCUUUGAUGCACAAUAUGGGACUGCUGAAGAGUGGACAGUUGGACCUUACUCUGAUGACCUCAUGUGUCUGUGGUCACACGCUUUAGCCAUGCGCAUGGUGACAGCAUUGACUAUGGAGUCUUGUGGAAGAGUCUAAUGUGCGAUGGCUAUGUAGACAUAAACUAAAGAAGAAACUUGUAAAUAUAUUUUUUCUUUUUUUUUUUUUAUGAUGUUUCUGACUUCUAAAGUGCUUGUAUAGCUUUUAUCUGCGGCUUUAAACUGACAGUGCCCAACUGUUUAUUGGAUCUAUUGAUUUGAAAAGAGUUUGUUAGGAUAGAUCUUAAGCAGCAGUCUGUCAGUGUUUGUAUUCUCUGCAAUUUUACUGUGAAAAAAAUUUUUUUUCAACGAAUGGUGUCAUUUUCUUGAUGUCACUGUUUGUUGGAGAGUUGAAAUGCUCUCUUUCCCGUGCGUCUCUUAGCUGGUGUUUACUCCCAGGCAUCCUUAAUCUGCAGAGGUGCUAAGUGGUCUGCCAUCACACCUGAAUCAUGCCUCUGAUGGGAGGACGCCACACAAAUGGUGAAACAGUCCUGAAGUUGUUUGAUUAUUUACACCUCAGUAUUGGUCCCAGAAUCUUCUGGCCUUUCAUGGCAAUGAAAAUUUUAAAAAGAGAGAGAUUUAAAAUAUUUUAAUUUUAAAGAGUGUGUUAUUAAAAUAAUGUACUGAAUUCUUUAUCCCGUUUUAUCAUCCCUUUUCAGUUUUUAUUAAUCUACUGUAUCAAUAAAAUUCUGUAAUUUGAA